AUUACAAACAGUGAUCUCACUUCCCCAUUACCGAUUGGAUUGCUAUAUUUAGGAAACCACCUCUGCUUUAUAAAGACAUCGCAGUGGUAGCUGGUAAAGAUUCUUGAGACGCGAUCGACAUUUGGUUAAAGGCUGUCCAUUUUCGUUUGUAGUUUAAAAGCUGUGCGGCACAACGGGUUUGUGUUUUGGAUGAUACAUUUGAGCGAGAGCUAGGAAAGAGGCAGGAAUGGCAGAUAUACGCAAGAAACUCGUCGUUGUGGGGGACGGCGCAUGUGGGAAAACAUGUCUACUGAUUGUAUUCAGCAAAGACGAGUUUCCUGAGGUCUAUGUGCCAACUGUGUUUGAGACAUAUGUGGCGGAUAUAGAAGUGGACAACAAGCAAGUCCAGCUAGCUCUGUGGGAUACAGCUGGACAGGAGGACUAUGAUCGGCUGCGCCCCCUUUCCUAUCCGGACACUGACGUCAUUUUGAUGUGCUUUUCCGUGGAUAGCCCGGACUCAUUGGAAAACAUCCCUGAAAAGUGGGUCCCAGAGGUCAAACACUUUUGUCCGAAUGUACCCAUUAUAUUAGUGGCCAACAAGAAGGAUCUGCGCAACGACGAGAACGUGAAGAACGAGCUGUCCCGGCUAAAGCUAGAGCCAGUGAAAACAGAAGAUGGCCGGGCCAUGGCCAUGCGCAUUGGCGCAUAUGACUAUUUGGAGUGCUCUGCCAAAACCAAGGAGGGGAUCUGGGAAGUAUUCGAAACUGCAACACGGGCAGCCUUACAAAAACGAAAAAUACCUUCAAGUGAUUGUCUGAAAUGCUGUGCGCUGAUGUGAAUCGACUAUGUCUGGUGAACUGUGACGCACAGACUUUUCCAUCACCGGGAUCUGUGUCUGAACAUGUAAGGGAAGUUACCAUGGUUUGAGUACUCCCUUGUAAUCAGACGACUUUGGCUGUACCAAAACGAAUGGCUGUAAACGAAGGACUUAUUUUGAACACAUUUAAUAAUCAUGUGAUUUCAGAGUGUGUGAAAUGCACUGGUUACAACAUGUCCUUUGUGGGUCACAUGGUUCCAGUCUGGCUGGCGGGGGG